AUGUUGGGAUCAUUGGCAUCUGCGAGCUUAAUGCUGUUCGCUCAAAGCGCACUGGCAUCCAAGUCUGACAUCCGUUUCAACCAUAUUCAAGUCGUUGGAACGCACAACUCCUACCAUCGUGAAGUCUCACUCGCCGAGCGACCAGUCUUUGAGAAAUACGUACCGUCUCCAGAAGACUACUACUACUCGCACGCAGAGCUCGACAAUCAAUUGGAGUACCAGUCGGUGCGCUCUUUCGAGCUCGACUUACAUUCGGAUGCAAAGGGCGGCCUGUACUAUCCCCCUGUCAUAUGGACGCUAUCAAACUUGACAAAUGCCACCACUCCUUACAAUGGUGACAUUCUGAAGAAGCCAGGUAUCAAGGUGUUCCACGUCACAGACUUCGACCCCGAUUCUGUCUGCCACACCUUCAUCGACUGUCUCAAGCAGUUGAAGAGUUGGUCAGACGCAAAUCCGAGACACGUCCCCAUCACUAUUGAUCUCGAGCUCAAGACCGAUGCGCCGGCAUGUUCGUUAGGCGGUGUCUGCCCUGGCGAAGCGACAAACUGGACGCUCCCUCGCCUCUUGAACGUCGACGCGGAGAUCCUCUCCGUAUUCCCUAAGAAGCAACUCAUCCGCCCCGACGACGUGCGCAAGAGUGGCCUCACCCUCGAGCAAACCAUCCUGCAACAAGGCUGGCCGAAGCUGAAGGACGUUCGCGGCCGCCUUCUGUUUUUCUUCGAUAACGACCCGAAACCCAGUGACCCCAACUCGCCUCGCGAGCUCUACAAAACCGGCGCCCCCUCGCUACAAAACCGCACUGUCUUCACCAAUGCGCUCGAAGGAUCUUCCGAUGCUGCAUUCAUCAAAUACAAUGAGCCGCGCGCCAACGGCAUAGCAGAGAUCCAGCGUCUUGUCAAGAAGGGCUACUUGAUCCGAACACGUGCUGAUAUACCCAUCGAUACCAUCUUGAACCGCACUACAGAGAUGAGGGAUUUGGCUUUUGAGAGUGGUGCGCAAAUUGUUAGUACCGAUUUCCCGGCUUGGGGCAUGAGCAGUCGAUGGGGUUGGGAUUAUGUCGCCAGGCUUCCCGGAGGAUUGGCUGCGAGAUGCAAUCCUCUUAUCGCACCGGAAGGCUGCAAGGACAAAGAUCUGGAGUAG